ACUGCAGGAGCCGGGAGGCGAGGCCCCGGGCCGGGAGGAGGGCUCUCCUGGGUCCCGAGCGGUGCUUCCCCCUCCCCACGUCGUCGUCCCGCAGGAUCGCCCCGCAGGGUUGCGCGAAGCUGAGGAAGAAGGGUUCUGAGACCAUCUGGACUUCGCAGCCCGGGGCGCCCCUAACUCAGACUUGGAGAACAUGGCUGAAAAACUGACCCCCGGAGACUUGUUCAUCAGGAAGCCCAGGGAUUCUGUCUCCUCCCUGGACUCGGACAGACUGGCACCGGGCGAGGUGGCUGGAGACGAAUCCUCCGACAGCGAGGGAGAACAAGAAGGGAUCUCCCACAAACUCAUCAGGAAAGUGUCCACCUCGGGACAGAUGAGGAGCAAGAAGAGUGUGAAGGAAGGACUGCUAUUGAAGCAGACCAGCUCUUUCCAGAGGUGGAAGAGGAGAUACUUCAAGCUACGGGGGAGAACUCUCUACUAUGCCAAAGAUUCAAAGUCCCUGAUCUUUGAUGAGGUGGAUCUCUCUGAUGCCAGUGUGGCAGAGACCAGCACCAAGAACAUUAACAACAGCUUUACGGUGAUCACCCCUUUCCGAAAACUCAUCCUGUGUGCCGAGAACCGGAAGGAGAUGGAAGACUGGAUUAGUGCCCUCAAAUCCGUCCAGAAGUGGGAAAUUAAUGAGGCGACCCAGUUCAACAUGGAGCACUUCUCCGGGAUGCACAACUGGUAUGCGUGCUCACACGCCCGACCCACCUUCUGCAAUGUCUGCCGGGAAGCUCUCUCCGGCGUCACCUCUCACGGACUCUCCUGUGAAGUGUGCAAAUUCAAGGCCCAUAAGCGUUGCGCUGUGCGGGCCACCAACAACUGCAAGUGGACUACGCUGGCCUCCAUAGGAAAUGACAUCGUUGAGGAUGAAGAUGGGGUGGCCAUGCCCCAUCAGUGGCUGGAGGGGAACCUGCCAGUCAGCGCGCGGUGUGCGGUGUGUGACCGCACGUGUGGCAGCGUCCGCAGGCUUCAAGACUGGCGGUGCCUCUGGUGCAAGGCCAUCGUUCAUGGCGCCUGCAAGGAGCAGUUGGGGAAGAAAUGUCCACUGGGGCAGUAUAAAGUGUCCAUCAUUCCUCCGACGGCCCUGAACAGCAUUGACUCGGAUGGGUUUUGGAAAGCCACGUGCCCAUCCUCGUGCUCCAGCCCGCUUCUCGCCUUUGUCAAUUCCAAGAGUGGAGACAACCAAGGCGUCAAAUUCCUCCGCAAGUUCAAACAGUUCCUCAACCCGGCCCAAGUCUUCGACCUGAUGAAUGGGGGACCUCACCUUGGGCUCCGGCUGUUCCAGAAGUUCUCCACGUUCCGGAUCCUCGUCUGUGGCGGAGACGGCAGCGUGGGCUGGGUUUUAUCUGAAAUUGAUACCUUGGGGCUGCACAAACAGUGUCAACUGGGGGUCCUGCCCCUGGGCACUGGCAAUGACUUGGCCAGGGUCCUGGGCUGGGGGAGCCUCUGUGAUGACGAUGCCCAGCUCCUGCAGAUCCUCGAGAAGUUGGAACGGGCCACCACCAAAAUGCUGGACAGGUGGAGUGUGAUGACCUAUGAGUCGCCAAAGCAGUCGCCCCCACCCAUCAAAGAGGAGGAGAAUGGAGAUUCCAACCCACAGCGAAACGAAGAGAAGAAACAGUUGGGGAGUGUGGAGGACCUGACCAAGGUCACUGUGGAGAAGAAACAGGUCCAGAUGUCUCACUACGCUGACUCGGUGGCCUUCCAUCUGGCCAAGAUCCUAGAGUCGGACAAGCACUCAGUGGUGAUCGCCUCGGCCAGGUUUCUGUGCGGGACGGUGAACGACUUUGUGGCAGAAGUCGGCAAAGCCUACGAAAGGGCCACGGAGAACAAGCAGGAGGCCGAGGCGAUGGCCAGGAAAUGCGCGAUGCUGAACGAGAAGCUCGAUUCGCUGGUGCGAGAGCUGAACGAGGAGGCCCAGGCAACUGUGGUCCCCGAGGGGAGCUCACAGGCCUCUCUGAGCAGCCCCGAGGCCGCCGAGAGCAACAAAGAGGGCGGCAUCAACCCCAGCCCCGGGCCCCGGAUCUUCAAAUCCAAGGAGCAGCUGAUGCUGAGAGCUAACAGCCUCAAGAAGGCCUUGAGACAGAUCAUUGAACAAGCAGAGAAAGCUAUUGAUGAACAAAACAAGCAGACGCAAGCGUAUCAGAACACACCCUCCUCCUCGCUCAAGAAGGAGAGCUCAGAAGAUUUCAACAAGGAAUCUGAAAGACUCAAUUCCCGCCGAGGCACGGUGUCCUCCACCACGUCGUCAAUCUUUCUGGACCGACCGGAUGGCUUCAGUUCGGUCCACUUCACCGAAGAUCCCAACACUAUACAAUUCUCAGAAAGAUGCGUCAUGAACAACUAUUUUGGCAUUGGCCUAGAUGCUAAGAUCUCUCUGGAGUUUAACAACAAAAGGGACGAGCACCCCAAAAAAUGCAGCAGUCGCACCAAGAACAUGAUGUGGUACGGCGUCCUGGGCACCAAGGAGCUCCUUCAGAGGACCUACAAGAACUUGGAGCAGCGCGUGCAGCUGGAGUGUGACGGGGUGACCAUUUCCUUGCCCAGUUUGCAGGGCAUUGCCGUGCUCAACAUCCCCAGUUAUGCUGGGGGCAUCAACUUCUGGGGAGGCACCAAGGAGGACAGUAACUUCGGGGCCCCUUCCUUCGACGACAAGAAGCUGGAGGUGGUGGCUGUGUUUGGCAGUAUCCAGAUGGCAGUGUCCCGCGUCAUCAAUCUGCAGCACCACCGCAUUGCCCAGUGCCGUGUGGUGAAGAUCACGAUCCGCGGGGAUGAGGGGGUCCCGGUGCAGGUGGACGGCGAGGCCUGGAUCCAGCCCCCGGGCAUCAUCAAGAUCCAGCAUAAAAACCGAGCCCAGAUGCUGACCAGAGACCGGGCCUUCGAGAGCACCCUGAAAUCCUGGGAGGAUAAGCAGAGGUGUGAGGGUUACCGGGCCCCCCCGCGGCCCCGCCUCAACUCCCAGCAAUCCAUGGAGUACCUGACGGACGAGGAAUACAGCCAGAUGCAGCAGUUCGCCCAAGCGGCCGAGACCCUCAUCAGCAGGAUCCACGAGGCGGCCAAGUCCCACAAAGCCAUCGAGCAGGAGUUGGCCCACUCAGUGAACGGCAGCUCCCUGGCCUUGAGCGAAGCCCUCCCAAACAAGUGCAGCGGCACCCCUGAGUUUCUAAGCAGAAAUGCGGCAGUGGAUGUAACAGUUAGUGUGAAAGCCCUGUACACUGAAACCAGAGCUUUCCUGGAAGGAAAAUUGCAGCUGGACGCCCCCCAGCAGGAGGAGUUGCAGACCGCCCUGAACAAUGUCAGCCAGGAGCUCCAGAAGCUGUCAGACAUCCACUGGAUGGCACCAAUCAUCAACUCCGCAGAAGAGGAAAGCUCGGGAAAUCCCAACAAGGGCAGCCUCAAGUUACGAAUCAACAUCCCCAAAGCGAAGAAGGACAAGGACAAAAUUCAGAAAUCAAAGUCAAACAGUGCCGGGCCAGUGGACAAAUGGGGCACUGAGGAGGUGGCUUCUUGGCUGGACGCGCUUGGUUUAGGGGAAUACAAAGACAUUUUUAUCCGCCAUGACAUCCAGGGCUCAGAGUUGAUCCUGCUGGAGAGAAGAGACUUGAAGGAUCUGGGGAUAACAAAAGUGGGCCACAUGAAGAGGAUUCUCCAGGGAAUUAGGGACAUGAGCUACAACUUGUAAAGAGCCGGCAGGAGCUCCCUCCGCAGAAAGAAACGUUUAAGAAUUCCCAACCAGGCCUCCCGGGACCCAGAAGCUUUGAUGAGCGAUCUCGAAUUCUUUAUAGAGAGCGACCUCAGUGGCGCUUCCAGAAAUCCAGAUGUAGGCCGCGGCUCUUGACCGAUAAUUCUAGAUCAAAUGAGGACCGUCCCUCUCAGAAAUGGUCCCCGGCUUGUGGUAGUACAAAAUCCUUGAACGUUUCUCCUGGACUUUCGCAAGGUGGCCCCGUAGAGUUUUGCAUUUCCACGUUGGCCAAAGAUUUUUGUUUGGAGGUGUCGUUCUUAGCGCUCCUUUUCCCUUGGUGUCAUUUGAGAAGCCGGAGUGAAGCCAACCGAUUUCAAAGACAGGAUCCAUACCUGGGUUUCUGGGAGCUGGGUGAGGUUCACUUGGCAGACUGGGAGACGGGUUUGUGGGGGAGAGGGAGCUCAGCUUAUCUGCUCACCUGGAAUUCGGGUGACUUCCCAAAUUUUAACUUGGGAUUCUGAUAUGUUAUUGUCCUUUUUGUUUCAUGGUGAGAGAGAGAGAGAGCUUUAGACCACAGCUAAAGAGAACCAGGCACUAGAGGCUUGUCUGCUUCCCUGGUGAUGUGCCAUCGUGCAUGUUGAGAACUGCCUUUCUCUUAGGCACUGCAAAGUCCCUGUAAAUCGCUGAUGCUACCUGUGAAUGUGUGUGUUUGUGUGCAGGUGCGUGUGUGUGCGCGCAGGUGUGUGUAUGUGUGCGUUUACACUCGUGUUGGUGAGCUAGCUGGUGGCUAGUGACUGAUUUUUUGAUCCCAAUUCCAGCCCCUUGGGACUCACUUGCUCCCUCGCUGUUUGGCUCGACUGUGUCUUCUGAAACUGAAAUCAUAAACCUACGUGGCUUAAUCCUAACCCGCAUGCCAUACUGCAGUGCUUUGCAUUAUUCUUUGAGUGUUCAUUUUUGGUGGGAGCCAAAAGCUCCUCCCUGUGCAGCUGUAUAGAUUAUACAGAUAUAUAUAUAUUAUAUAAAUAUAUAUAUAUAGAUGUACAUAUAUUUUUUUAAGAACUAAAAAUACAAUUCAGCUUCUAAGGCUCAUAAGAGUUACUUUGUAACUUGCCAUGCUACCCAGGAUAAAACACCUCUACCCCCGUCUUCCCGCCCCUUCCACUUCUUUCCCCAACUUCAGGGGUGCUAGGUGGAUUGCUGAUCGUUCGGUACCACGGUGAAGCCUCUUCAGUCGAGGCGGCCCGUAGCUUCUUCUGCCGCCCCUCCAGGAUUCUGAUAAGGGCCGAGCCCCUGGUGGGCCGGGGACUGUGUCCGCCUUGAUUAAUCUUGUGUCUACCCCAGCGCUUAGUAUAGUGUUUGGCACAUAGUAAGCGCUUAACAAAUGGCACAGUUACUAACUUCCGGGGCUCCACUCCGCUGUCGUCUGUGACCGGAGGUGGGGUCUAUGGGCAGCGCCCUUCCAGCGGGGAUCGAGUUCCUUCUUUCUGGUCUGUGCCGAGGAUUUGGGGUCCCCUCCCCGUUUUCCCACCACCCCAAUCUCUGAGGAGAGGGACCUCGAGAAGUGGGAUCCUGAUGAGGGAAUUUGACGGCCAGUUCUUUGGCCCUCCAGAGAGAUAGAGGUGCUGUGGAAUCAUCCCAUGAAGCCAUCCUCUGCCUGGGCGUGCUCUGGUUUACCAGCUGACUCUUGACCUGUUCCCCGUUAUCAGCUUGAAUGUGGUCGACCAGGCUUCCAGGGGAGGAAGGGCUUCCAAUUGUGAGGGUAAGGGCUUCCAAGUCUGAAGGUCUGUGGUAGGGUCUGGCCUGGCUCGUUACUUUGAGGCCGGAGAUAGGUAAGCCAGGAAGCAGCAUUCUCCCGUCGCUCUCUGCUUCCUCCCAGACUUCUUUAGAAAGCAAAUGAGAUCCAGGUUGUUCCAGAGAUGAGAGGCUGGCAGGUGGGAAACCAGCUGGCUUGGAAGAGCAUCUGCACUGAUUAUCUAUCUUAUACCUACCCCCCUCGCCCCAGUGCUUAUUACAGUGCUUGACACAUAGUAAGAGCUUAACAAAUACCACCAUUAUUAUUAAGAGUAAGCUUCAAGGAUAUCUUCAAGCCAAGGGCUCCCUCCCACUUCUCCCCUUCCUCCUUCUCUCACCCCCUACCCCAAGCCCCUGCCUGGAAGCCAGAAACCUGCCCUCUCAAUCAGUCAUUAAUAUUGAGCACUUACUAUAUGCAGCUCACUGAACUAAGCGCUUGGGAGACGGCAAUAUCACUAGCACAUCUUCCGGAGGCCAAAGAGUCCUGGGUUGGCUCACUGAAGCCGGCAGGAGGGGAUUCUCGGAAGUCGGAGGGCUAGUCGAGGCCGGAAGCUCAAUACCUCUUAGCCCAGCCCAUCUCUCUCUCCCCAGCUUUCCUCUCUUCCAAUUGGGAAAUUUGGGGGAUGGCCAGAGCGGCUAACUCUUGGAGUUUCUCAGACACCGUUCUAACUAGGGUGCCAAAAUAUUGGCCAGGUUCUAGCCAUCAGUCCAAAAGGGAAAGUAUUGUAAAUAGAUGAAAUGUAGAAAAUACCUUUGAUGUUUACUUAGCAUCUAUAAGAUGCUUGUCUUUUCAGGGGGAAAGCCUUUGUUCUGUGUCCCACUUCUCCCUGCAUCCUUUUAUCAUCUCCUGGGUUGAGGCUCAGACUUUAAUCACUGGUCCCCUCUCUGAGAGCCCCAUUUCCUCAAGAUUACAUGGUGGCAAACUGGUCCUUUUUUUACCACUUACCAGUAACCAAGAGGACUGUGUAGUUGCUCAUGCAUGCCAACAUACAUACAUGCACAAACACACACUCUCUCUCUUACCAGUCUCUCACACUCUCCAGUCUCCCCUCCCCAUCUCUCACUCACACUUCUCCUCACUCCCCAGUUUCUCUGUUGCUUUCACACUCUCCAAUCUCUCCUUUCACUCAACACUCUUCAGCUUCUCUCCUUUCUCUCCUCAGUCUCACACAAUCUUUCCAGUCUCUCUCAUUUAUGUCUCCAGUCUCUCCCUCUCACACCCACCCACACCCACACUCCAGUCUGUCUCUGGCUCUUUCUCACACUCUCCGGAGGAGUCUGCAGUCUCCUCUCUCCAGCUCUCUCUCUCUCUGAAGAACUUGGCGGUCUGUCUCAGGAGUCGGCUGUAAAAGAGGAAAGGGCAGCUUGCUCUCUAAAGUGUUCCGGCGGGCCGUGCCUUGCGGAAGCCCGUCGGUUCUGAUGCUGCCAAGCUUCACGUGACUCCUCUUUUCAUUUAGCUCAGUCCCCCGGUGGUGGACUCCAGCAAGGUUGUGGGUAGUCCCCCUGCCUGGAGUCGCACUCCUCUUUCUCCGCUCUUUCAGAGAUGAUGUGAGCAAGAUGGGGCUGUUGGCAAAGGAGGAGAGAAGCAGAGAACAGAGAUGGUGGGGAAAGGAGAGGGAUCCUAUGAGCCUUAGCUGGUUACUAGCUCAGUAACCCCUCUCCAUCCAAGCAGAUGGUGGACAAGCUACUGGAUUCCUGCCCACCGGCCCCUCUGCCCCGGCCUGGAAGGUGGUGGGAACAGCCAGCCCUGCGUGAGGAGAAGGAGGUGAGCUGUAAUACAGUCAAAGGAGCUGAGGACCCCUGCUCACGUCUAGCUCCUUUCCCCGGAAAGGCAUCCUUUCCGGUUAGGCUACGGCUUCAGGCAAGCACGUGGCUUCCCCAGUUGUCCCUUUGUGUAAAUAAUUUUAAUGGCUUUUUGUUCAGCUGCCCCUUGUCCUCACCAGAGGGGCUCUCUUUGAAGGAGGGUGCAGGUGGAAAGGAGAAAAAAAUCAACUGUUAAGGAAUCCCCUCUGGAAUGGAGGGAUGCCAACUCGUCUGGUGUGCUGGGCGAGGCCAGGCUAAGUUUCUGGUGCCUCACGAGCCUGACUUUCUCGGAGCCGGGGGUGGGCGCCCCGCUGCGGAAAGGCUAGUGGAGCAGAGGCUACCUAUUUCUAGAUUAGCAGGAGCUCCUGCUCAAUCCUGCUGCCCCACCGCAAGCCCCCAUCACCCUGCUGAGGGAAACGUGAGGGCUGCUAGAAAGAGAGGCUACAACGACAGUCUCUAUCAGAGAACACUAGAGCCCCUGGCAACCUCGAGAAGGAUACCCUAACUGCAGGUGAGCCUUGGGGGAGGGGAGUGGGGCGCUGGAGGUGCCCACAGAAUGUGAUUAUUUAAUAUUUAUGAUGAACCGCUGCGAUUUCUGAGGGAAGGGAGGGGCGGAGGAAAGCUGAGCUUUUCCAGAUAAGGGGUGUCAGUGAGACUCUUUCUACUUUUUUUCAAAAAUGGAAUGUUUCCUGGCACCAUAACCCGUGGUGUCCGAUCUUUCCAGCUGCUAGCAGGGGCCUGUCCUCUCUCCACCUGGUUUUAGCAGGUUGGGCGGUAGGAAUGGACUUGUCCUUUCCAGGUUCCCCUCAGCAUGCAGGGGAGAGAAGAGGCAAAAUGUAGGAAACCAAGAGCAAAAUGGAAAAAAACAAUCACCCCUCAUAGUGUGUCCCUGCCCCCCUCAGGACCCUCUAAGCAGUGUGGCUUGUGAAAUAUUGUUUGUUUCUCUGUGUUCUACCCACUGACUGUAACCCAUCAUUGGUAAGUGAACCAGGCAUAUAUGGGCUUGGGAGGCAGGGAGAGAACAGGCCCAGAAGUGGCAAAAAUCAGAGUCCCCACAUCUGUGCCUGUCCUCUCCCAAACUGUAACAUCAGUCCUGAAAGUAAAGAGAGUAUUGCUUCUGUCUCAGACCAUUCUAAUAAAUGGAUGAAUGUGU